UUAGUCACUUAAGGUUUCAGCCCUAAAUGCUGAUUCAGAUAUGAAAAAUGCCAUGCGUCAUAAGCUUAAUGUAGUCAUAUAGGUCGCUCAUCAUGGGCGGAUUUAGGGACACCCCCUUCGCCGGAAAAUUACAUUGUACAUAUAAGGCAAAAUCCAUGUUCCGCCUCUAUAUAUCAUGUAUUGAAUCUCCUUGCUACAGAAUAAAAGCAUAGCUUAGUGGUUAAGGGGGUCAAAACCUUUGUGUGUUGGUUCAAUUCCUACUGGCAUAGUCCCUUUUAAUGUUUUAACUUUUAUUAUUUAAACCCCAUAGCGGAAAUCCACAGUCUCUUAUUACUAAAUGAUGAUGUUAGGUCCUAUCUCUUUUUCUGCUUCUUAUAUGUUCUUUUAAUUUCAUCAAGGUCUUCAAAGGAAUUAUUUGAUUGGAUAACGGUGGAGCUUGGAAAAUUCAUCUCCAUGCAUAGUGAAGGUCUGCAAGGAGGAGAGAAAAAUCUGGGAUUUACUGUAUCACCUACAAUUGGGGAAGUAGCUGCCUCCAAGGAAACAGCCAUUAAAUGGAAGGAUUCAUUAUUUGGAGACGCAGAAGGGAACAAGUUGUUGAAUGAAAUCAAUCUCGCCUUGGAGAAGCACGGUGUUGAUAAGCAAGUUUUUGCCCUGGUUGAUGACACCAUAGGAAUUUUGGCUGGAGGAAGGUACUAUAGUAAAGAGAGUGUGGCUGCAGUCACUCUGGGCAUGGGCACUAAUGCUGCGUAUGUAGAAUCAGCAUCUGUUGUAAAAUGGCCUGAUCAGGCUCCAAAACCAGAAGAAAUAGCAAUUAAUAUCCAAUGGGGGAAUUUUAGGUCCUCCCAUCUUCCAAUUACCGAAUUUGAUACAUCGUUAGAUGCCGAAAGUUCAAAUCCUGGUAGCCAGAUAUUUGAGAAGCUUAUUUCGGGUACAUAUUUAGGAGAAGCUGUCAGGAGAGUCUUACUAAAGAUGGCUCAGGAAUCAUCUUUAUUUGGAGAUAGAGUCCCACCUAAGCUAGCAAUUCCAUACUUGUUGAGGUCCCCAGAUAUGGCUGCUAUGCAUCAAGACACAUCAGAGGACUAUGAAGUAAUUGAUGAGAAACUGACAGAAAUUUUUGGGAUAAAUAACUCUACAACCAUGGCAAGAGAACUAGUUGCAGAGGUCUGUGAUGUUGUAGCAGAACGUGGAGCUCGAUUAGUUGGAGCUGGCAUCGUGGGGAUUGUAAAGAAACUAGGAAGGCUUUCUAAUAGGAUUAGCAUUAUUACAGUAGAAGGUGGUGUCUACGAGCAUUAUCGCGUUUUCAGGAACUAUCUGCAUAGCAGUGUGUGGGAGAUGCUUGGCAAUGAACUAUCAGACAAUGUGAUUAUUGAACAUUCUCAUGGCGGUUCUGGUGCCAGUUCCAUCUUUAUUGCAGCUUCACAACCAUAAGCCUCGAACUUCAUAGUAACUUAGUUCUUUUAGCCGUGACAGAUAGUUACAUUUGGGUGGUUCAUAUGAUUGCAGCGUCUAAUUAUUUAUUUAUUUGUUCGUAUUUUUUCA